UGAAUGGAGAUUGAAUGAGAGUGUAUUACAUAUUUACAUAACAGUUAAUAAAAUCUAAUUUCUUAUUAUACAUCUUAUUACUUGUUAAAAAUGUGUGGUGAUAGGUUCUCUAUUUAAGUUUCAUUUUCAUUUCAGUUUCAUUUUUAAGUUUCAUAGUGAAUAAAGAAUAUAUUUUAAUAAAAUUAGAUUAUCUAAAACAAAAAUAAGAUUAUAAAAUAACCAUAUGGUAUGUUAAUUGUAAAUUUGUAACAAAUUUGUCAACCUGGAAGGAAGUGGAAAGCAACUUAACAAAUGCGAAUAGUUGUAGCAACCUUGACACUAUCGAGCAACCGCGUAUUUCCUAACCACUGCUUCUAUUUAGUAUAUAAAAUCAUUGAAACAGAUGAAUCAAUAUCAUUCAGCAACAGUUUGUCUAACCAAUCAUGAGGGGAAGCCUACUUGUGGCAUUUGGCCUGGUAGCCAUAGCUGCCGUCAUCUCCGCCAGGGAGAUUAGGGAGAAACGGGACGCCGACUUGGAAACCGCUGCGUCGCAUGGUCAUCACUGGGAUAAGGGUGGCGGCCACGAACACCAUGGCCACCAUCACCAUGACCAUGGUGGUAAACACCAUAAGGGACACAAGGGCCACCAUGAGCACCAUCACGGCAAGCACGGACACAGCCACCACGAGGGACACAAGGGACACCACGGCGAGCACGGCGGACACAAGAAGCACCACCAUCAUGACGAAGGCUACCAUGACCACCACCACCACGGAGAGAAGGGCGACCACGGCCAUGGACACGAAGAGCACGGCCACUGGCACAAGGGACACGACACAAAGGGACACCACGGCAUCGAUAAACAUGAUGAGUUCAAGAAGGACAAGCACUUCCACGACCACCAUGGCGAGAAAGGCUUCCAUGAACACCACGGCGGCCACCACCACGAAGGCGAUUACAAGAAGGGUGGUCACUUCCACCACGGACACAAGCACGGCGGACACCACGAACACCAUCAUGGCAAGCAUGGCCACCACGAGGAUGGCGGUCACCACCACCACCACAAGGGACACCAUGGCGAAGGCGGCCACCACGAGCACCACCACCACCACCACGACCAUGGCCAUAAGGGAGGUCAUGAGGACCAUAAGCACUGGGGACACAAGAAGGGCCACUAAUCUGUUGCUCAACAUACCUGGACUGAUAUUUGUUGAUUUUAUGUUAUAUAUGAGUACAUUUGUUAUGUUCUUACACCAAAGAAUAACAUUUUCUAUAAAAUA